CCACCCCACAGGGCUCCUCCCCCCGCGACCCUCACCCACAUUCGGGACCGCACCGGGACCCCCCAAGCCGGGGGACGGGGGUAUCCGGUGGGUGCUGGGGGGGAGCCGCUGACCCCCCCCCCCGGUGCCCCCCAGCCGUGGGUCAUGCGGCGCAGGAGCGAUCGUGCCCCCAGGGAGAAGGCGCUGGUGGCCACGGAGGAGGAGACGAAGAGCGCGGGCAGGAAGGGGGAGCAGGGCCCAGAGGGGUUCCAGUGCUCCGGUGCCCUGGAGCGGGACUUCCCCGAGCUCUGCGCCCGCGCCGGCAUCACCCAUGUCCCGCGGGUCACGGUGCGGCCGGCCCCGAGCUUCCCUGCGGACGCGGAGCCGCCUGCGGGGACACUGGAGGAGGCGCUGGCCCGCAUCGAGCGCAAGUACCGGAGCUUCCAGCCCCGCAUCCAGGUGGAGCGGGAGCAGGAGGAGCCCCGCAGCGUCCGCGCCGUGUUCCUGCGAGGCUGGAAGCUCGAGGAGGAGAUGCUGGGGGUCCUGAGCCAGUGUCUGACCGCGCUGGGGGCGCUGCAGGAGCUGCACCUCUGGAACGUGCCGCUGCCGGAGCCGCUGCUGCCGGUGCUGGCGGCGCUGCCAACGCGCUGCUCCCGCCUGCGGACGCUCAGCCUGGAGGGGAAUCCUUUGCCUGAAUCCGCUUUCCAGCUGUUGAUGGGCACCGGCAGCCUGUGGCGCCACCUCUCGCUGCGCUGCUGCAGCAUCGGGGCCGCGGCCGCGGAGCGCAUCGGGAGGAGCCUCUCGACCCCCGGGAGCUGCAACCGGAGCCUCGAGUCCCUGGUGCUGAGCUUCAACCGCAUCGGGGACCGCGGCGCGCAGCGAAUCGCAGAGGGGCUGCGCCUGAACCGCUCCCUGCUCUCCCUGUCCCUGGCCAGCAACGACAUCGGUGACGCCGGGGCCUCCGCGCUGGCCCAGGUGCUGGCGCCCUUCGCGCUCAGCCCCGAGGAGGAGGCGCAGCGGCGGCGGCUGCUCCUGGCCCGGGCCCUGGGGCGCUCCCGUGCGCGCUGA